AUGGAUAAUAGAGAGGUAUUGCUGACUGAAAAUGGAAGACUAAAUCACCUGGACGAUAUUAUAAAAUCAUUUGACUCAAUCAUGCGAGCUCAUCGUGGCGACUUAAUUGUCGAAGUGGUUACUGCUGAGCCUCUUAGCAAGAAACAUGAAGCAGGUUUGAAGGAAUCGUUGAAGAAAUUCGCACAAUCUGGACAAAAUUUACAAAUUAAGAUGACUAUAAAACCAAGUAUUCUUGGUGGCAUGGUGGUAAGUAUUGGAGAUAAGUUCAUCGACUUGAGUAUAAGUUCACAAUUCAAAAAAUUUGAGGCGAUUUUGCAACAAUCCGCGUGA